GCUACUCUUUUUAAGCAUAUCUUCCCAGAAAGAGAAAGACAGUUUACAUAUUUUGAAAGUUGCUCUGCAUGUUUUCAUACUUGUUCAUGUGGCCUUCCGUUACUAAUUAUAAAACUUGAGAAAGAAGGAAAAAAGCUCAUUUUAUGUUCUCCACCAUGGAAGAGUCACCAUAUGGUUCAAGAAGGCGAGAUGAGACAGAGUUCAGUUUGAGAGAAUGGGCUGUGAAGGCUAGAAUCAGCCGUGAAAACACAAAUUCCAGAAGGUUUUCAGCUUCAUAUGUUAGAAGCUUCAGAGAGGACACAAGGUCUUUCAGAUCAAACAUAACCAUCUCUAGUACUGCUUCUUCUCCUGGCUAUAACUUAAGAGACGAAAUCGACCCGGCAACCUACUCAUUCCCCACUGCCCUCAAAGCAUUGCAGGCAAGGUCAGCAUAUCAUAGUUGGGAAUCUUUGUCACCAGAUGGGUUUGCUUUGAAUUCUAAGUGGAAUGAAGCAGAGAAAUAUAUAUGCAACCCUCUAUCAGGGCAGGUUCCAAUGGAGUGUUUAUCUGCAAAAACACUUAGUGGAAGAUCGUUUCGAAACAUAACCAAUAGAAUUACAAUGUCUGCACCUCUUGUUUACUCUUCCCACUCAAGACCAAUUCAUGCCAAGCCUUCUUCUAAUCCUGCAAAAGAAGAUUUUGUUCGUCAGUUUCCAAUUCCAGAGAAGAAAACAGAAGGCACGACCAGAGAUGUGGGGACUCAAAGCACACCUCCUGAUAUGAGUUCAAGUAGUCCUCCUAGCUCUGCUUCAACCCCUUCAAUCAUAGAGAGAUCGUUAAACCGAUUCCGAGUAGGAGACUCGCCUAAAUCAAAUGCAAAAUUAAAAUCUGAUGAAGAGGUGGAAGUGAAAGAUACAAGAGAGCAAGAAGAAACAAAAAGAGAAAAGGAAGAGAGAAAGAAAAGGGAUGAUGAGCAACAGCGCAGGCAAGGUGGGUGCUUGUCAUGGAUGAGAAAAAGGUACAGAGAAAAACACAAACCAAGAAAGAAGAAUAUCUUUCUUUCUCAUCUCAAAGGGUGCUGAGAAAAAUUAGAGGUGGAAAUUUUUAAUGAUAAUGGUGAAAAGAAUAUUGGAGGACCGGCUGAAGGAGAGAUUCUGUGUGUGCAGAAAUCUUUGCAGGGUCACUGAGUGUCUGUGAUUAAGAAAAGAGAACAAUCAUGUAUGGGGUCUUUGGUUUGGUGGUUGUUUUAUCCCUUUUUUCUUUGUUGUAGUAUAUUGCUCACUCAGUGAUGUUAAUGUUUUUGUUCU